CAGUAGCACGCGAUUCCAGUGUGCGCGUGUGCCCAGAUCCCACCCGCCCCCACGCCGCCGCGGCCAUGGAUCCGCCGCCGCGGCCGCGCCCCCACCGCGUCGCCGUCCUCCUCCUCCUCCUCCUAGCCUCCUCCCCGGCCGCCCGCGCCUGGAAGAAGGACGAGUUCCGCAACUGCAACCAGACCCCCUUCUGCAAGCGCGCGCGCACCCGCGCCCCGCACUCGCUCGACGCGCCGCUCUCCCUCGACGCCGCCUCGCUCGCCGUCGCCACCGACGGCUCCCUCACCGCCUCGCUCUCCCACCCGUCCCGCCUCCGCCCGCUCCUGCUCCGCCUCUCCGCGCUGCCCCCGCACGCGCUCCGCCUCCAGAUCGACGAGGACUACUCGUCCAACACGCCGCCGCACCGCCGCUUCCAGGUCCCCGACGUGCUCCUCCCGGACGUCGAGGCGCGCACGCUCCACCUCCCGCAGCCCAAGACCUCCGCCGCCGGCGUCUCCACCUUCGCGCUGUCCUCCGACGUCGACGUCGUCGUCAAGCACGAUCCGUUCGAGCUGACCGUCCGCCGCGCCGGCUCGGGGGCUCCCGUCCUCUCCUUCAACUCCCACGGCCUCUUCGACUUCGAGCCGCUGCAGGAGUCCAAGCAGGAGGGCGAGACCUGGGAGGAGCAAUUCCGGAGCCACACCGACACGCGCCCACGCGGCCCGCAGUCCAUCACCUUCGACGUCUCCUUCUAUGGCGCCGAUUUCGUCUACGGCCUCCCCGAGCACGGCUCCACCUCGCUCGCCCUCCGCCCCACCCGCGGCCCCGGGGCCGAGGAGUCCGAGCCCUAUCGCCUCUUCAACCUCGACGUGUUUGAGUAUCUCCACGAGUCGCCUUUCGGGUUGUAUGGGUCAAUUCCCUUCAUGAUCGCGCACGGUGAUGGUCCGUCCUCAGGGUUCUUCUGGCUAAACGCCGCGGAGAUGCAGAUCGAUGUGCUUGCACCAGGGUGGGAUGGAGCCUCGUCCACAGAGAAUGGGCGGAUCGACACGCUAUGGAUGGCCGAGGCUGGUGUUGUUGAUGCCUUCUUCUUCGUUGGGUCUGAGCCGAAGGAUGUGAUCAAGCAGUACAUCAGUGUCACAGGCACACCCUCGAUGCCACAGCAGUUUGCGGUGGCGUAUCACCAGUGCCGCUGGAACUACCGUGAUGAGGAGGAUGUUGCCGGAGUGGAUUCUGGGUUUGAUGAGCAUGAUAUUCCAUAUGAUGUGCUCUGGCUUGACAUUGAACACACAGAUGGCAAGCGGUACUUUACAUGGGAUCAUUCAGCAUUUCCUAACCCAGAGGUGAUGCAAGGGAAGAUAGCAGAUAAGGGGAGGAAGAUGGUCACCAUUGUAGACCCACAUAUCAAGCGAGACAGUUCGUUCCACCUCCACGAGGAAGCUACUGCUAAGGGAUACUAUGUGAAAGAUGCGACUGGGAAAGACUUCGAUGGGUGGUGCUGGCCUGGGGCAUCGUCAUAUCCUGACAUGUUAAACCCUGAGAUACGAGAGUGGUGGGCUGACAAGUUCUCCUAUGAAAACUACAAGGGAUCAACUCCAACAUUGUAUAUCUGGAAUGACAUGAAUGAACCAUCAGUCUUCAAUGGCCCUGAGGUAACCAUGCCAAGGGAUGCAGUACAUUACGGGGAUGUUGAGCACAGAGAACUGCACAACGCCUACGGAUACUACUUCCAUAUGGCUACAGCAGAUGGACUUCUUAAGAGAGGUGAAGGGAAAGACAGGCCCUUCGUUCUGUCAAGGGCCUUCUUUGCUGGAAGUCAACGGUAUGGAGCAAUUUGGACGGGCGACAACUCUGCAGAUUGGGACCACCUUAAAUCUUCUAUUCCGAUGGUUUUAACUCUUGGUCUUACUGGCAUGACUUUCUCUGGUGCGGACAUUGGUGGAUUCUUUGGCAACCCAGAACCUGAUCUUUUGGUGCGUUGGUACCAAGUAGGAGCAUUUUAUCCUUUCUUUAGAGGUCAUGCUCAUCAUGACACCAAGAGACGCGAGCCAUGGUUAUUUGGAGAGCGAAGAACUGCUCUCAUGAGGGAGGCAAUUCAUAUGCGAUAUUCUUUGCUGCCAUACUAUUACACACUGUUCAGAGAGGCUAGUGUAACUGGUGUUCCUGUGAUGCGUCCUUUAUGGUUAGAAUUUCCUGAUGACAAAGAGACAUAUAAUAAUGGUGAGGCUUUUAUGGUUGGGCCAAGCCUUUUAGCACAAGGAAUUUAUGAAGAGGGCCAGAAAUCAGUGUCAGUGUACCUUCCUGGAGAGGAGUUAUGGUAUGACUUGAGAAAUGGAUCUCCAUACAAGGGUGGUGUGUCACACAAGCUAGAAGUUUCAGAAGAUAGCAUUCCCAGUUUCCAAAGGGCAGGCGCAAUUGUGCCAAGAAAGGAUAGAUUCAGGCGCAGUUCUACUCAGAUGGUGAAUGAUCCAUAUACCCUGGUGAUAGCGCUCAAUAGCUCAAGUGCGGCAGAAGGCGAGCUUUAUGUGGAUGAUGGGAAGAGUUAUGAUUAUCAGCAAGGGGCAUUCAUCCAUCGUCGUUUUGUAUUUGCAGACAAUAAGCUAACUUCCAUGAAUAUCGCACCCAAAAAUCUUGGAAACAAGAAAUUUUCGACCGAGUGCGUGAUUGAAAGAAUUAUAAUCCUUGGGGUAUCAUCGGGAUCAAAGAAGGCUAUUGUUGAACCUGGAAAUCAUGAAGUGGAUAUUGAAUUGGGGCCUAUUAGUCUACGAAGCGGUUCGAGCUCUGUUGCACCAACAGUACGAAAGCCCAAUGUUCGAGUUGUAGAUGAUUGGACUAUAAGGAUAGCAUGAGAUAUAUCCAUUCACAUCUGAAGCCUGAUGCUUAUUUUCAUCGCUCUCAGGUCAUAAAAUUAGGCUAGAAGCGUAGUGCUGCCUUGCUCAAUGUGGUCUGUGGAAGCGCAAAAUUUUAUAUUUUGAUGGCCUCAAAGAUUUACCAUGUAACUGGUACGCGUGCUGUUUUUACUAUCUACUUCAAAUUUUGAUAUAAUUUGAGACAGAAAUUGCUGAUGUACAUCUGUAGCUUUGACACUGGUUUGUGUACCACGAUGCAUGAGAUGUGAAAUUCUUGAGUAUAUACUUUUGUCUCUAAA